AACAAAAACCCCUCUAUAAAUUCAUGGUCCGGUUAACAACAUUCCUCACAUCAGCAAUCUAGCAAGCUAACCUAUGCAAUAAAAUGGGGUUGUUCAAAUUCGCUCUUGUUCUUUUGAUAACCCUGGCUUCAAGUCCUUCCUUUCUAGCUCAGAACACGCAAAACGAUUACCUGGACGCCCAUAAUGCAGCUCGUGCACAAGUAGGCGUCGGGGCGAUGCAUUGGGAUGAACAGGUUGCAGCCUAUGCAAGUGACUACGCUGCCAAAAUCCAGAAGGCGAACACAUGCAAUAAUCUGGUGCAUUCUGGAGGUCCUUAUGGAGAAAACCUGGCAGCCGGCACAGGUGCCUUUACGGGCCGACAGGCGGUGAAUUUGUGGGUUGGAGAGAAGAGCAACUAUAACUACCAAAGCAACUCAUGCGUAGGAGGGGUCUGCGGCCAUUAUACCCAGGUGGUUUGGCGCAGUUCAGUCCGUCUAGGUUGCGCUAGGGUUCGUUGUAACAAUGGAUGGUGGUAUGUGAUUUGCAGUUAUGCUCCCCGGGGCAAUAUUGGUGGACGGCGUCCAUACUGAGCACUUUUCAGCUAUGGUAUUUCCACGGAAGAAUUAUUUAGAUGAUUGAAUAAAGCUGGUAUAUAUCUUAUACAGAGGUACCAAGCUGAUGAAUAAAUGUAAUUUUAUCCUUUUCUCUUCCUAUUUAAAAACAACAUAAUAAAUUUAAAUAAGGUGUUGCG